CCCUCAACAUCUUCACUGCAAAAUUUUCACCAUGGCAAAAUUCUACGCCGCCGUCAUAGCACUCUUCUGCCUAUUCACCCUCUCGCUCGCCCGUACUUCGCCGGAAAACGAUGACGUCACCACACAGGUUUCUCUUCCUCUGGCUGAAGCCCGCCCCGCAGACCUUCCUAGCGAGCCGGUCAAAACCGAAACAGAGUCCAACUCCGUAGUCGCUACCUCCGUGCCCUUGACAAAAGUCACUUUUCGUCCGGUCAACCGCCGUUUCCGUGUGGGAUCAAAACGUCCCUGCCGCCACCACUUUAGAAUUUACCCCACGUUGAGGGAAAUCGACGAGAUCCCCUUCGGGGAUGAUAUGAUCAUUCCCUCCGGCGAGAACAGCGACUUCGAGAACCCCGUACUUCACGGAGAAGGGCCGCGGGUUCGCCGGCGGUGGGUGAGGCUGCACCACCACCACGAUGAGGACAGCGACAGUGAUGACGACGAGGAUGACGAACGGAUGAAGAAGAUCUUUAAGCGGUACGAUUACGACAGGUUCAACAGGGAGAAGGAGCUGAAGGUUUUGAAGAAAAUGAGGAAGCAUUUCAGGCUUCAGCAUGAGGAGAAAGAGAGAGAAAAGAGAAGUGGUUUCAUGAAGCGCGUGCGCAAGUUCUUGGACCAUUAUUUCUAGAUAUUCGACUUUCAUCAUUUACUGAUGGAAUUAUAUAUGCUGCUGCUAAAAUAAUCAUGCGAGAUAAAUAAUAUGUACGUUUCUCGGUUUCAGAUCCAACGUCUUGCAUUGGUUCAUGGACACACAGUAGUAUGUGUAGUGAGUUGUGAAAUUUUCAUUUUUCCCUUUUGGUUUUUGUGGUCUGUAAAUAAGUUUGCAUCCGUUUGAGAUGUGGAGGAUCAUAUGCAUAUGUAUACAUAUAUAUAUACAGAUA